GAUUGUGAAGGGCGUAGGCCAAGUCCUCACGCAACUGCAUUGCAUCAAUGCUGAUGACUUCGAGGCGCAGUGGCCAGAAAUGCAUCGCUUCAUGCAGGAAGCGGGCGCCUCAGCGCAGGACUGGCGGGAGGCGCUGCUGUGCCGCCCCCACGAGGCGAGGCUCGCCAUCACAGCCGCGCAGGCAACCAGGGUGGAGGACAGGGAGUUCAUGAUAUCGUGCGGCCGUGACCUAGAGGCGGUUGCCCUGAUGCUACCGCACGCUGGAGACUUGGGCGUGACGGUGCAGGCGUCACCGGAAGUUUUGAGGACACCCGCGUGGCAGCAGAUUACCCGGUACCACCGCGGGGACUUGUGGCUCCAUCUUCCAGUCCAGAGCUCAGAGUUCCUGCCCUGCGACGACCUCCUUCAGCCGCUGGUCGUCAGCAGGUGCAGAGUUGUGCUUUUCGAUGGCGGCAUCAGGUCGGCUGCAGGCGUCACGGCUCUGGCAGCCGUCGCGGCCUCAGCGGAGCUGCUCAUCCGCCUCGAGGCUCCGCUGGACCUCUGCGCCCUGCGGGGAAAAUAUAAUUACCUCAGUCAGUAUUACCAGCGGGAAUAUCAGUGUCGUUGUUAG